AAUGUUGCAACGACCGACCGACUGCAAACUCUGCAGCGUUCAUGUCCGUGACGAUCGUGAAAUCGCGGAUCUCUUCUAUUUGUGACGGAGUCGUCGUGAAUCGAUUCCGCUUUCCCGGAAUUUCACCGACCGCGCGUACUUUUCGCACAGUACCUGGCUGGCCGUGAACUGCCCUCGUGUUCGAUCGCGAUCAGUUCGAAGCGUCGUCCCGAGCGUUUUUGUCGCGCGCAGAGAGUACUAGUCGCGUGUCGUCCGAGGACACGACGGUGAUCUUGUUCAGCGGGGACAAGGACAACAACAACGAGGACGACGACGACGACGCGCCGUUCGAAGGGCGCGAGAUGCAACGGCGUUAAGGAAAAUCGUGUUUUGGGUCGAUGAGGCCGACGGGUAAGAGCAUCGGAAUCAGAUACGUCGGUAUGCAGAACGGCGACAGCGAGGAGACAUGCGCCUCCGCGGGUCGCGACGACGAGAUGCCGAGUAACGGCGGCGCCGAGGAGGCCGCCGGGGAUCGCGACGGCGAGGUGUCCGCUCACGACGGUGCCGAUGAGCGCGCCGCGGAUUGCGAAGACGGCGAUCCGAGUCGUAGCACCGACGCGGAGCACGAGGACGAUGCCGAGGAGGCUGUCGCGGCCGAGGCUGGCGCAGACCAGGAGAACAGGGACUGUAAGGAAGCACGGAAAUCCGUGAAGAAAGGAGACUGUGUCUGGACUAUGUAUCUACCGUCCACCUCGGGAAAGGAGACACUUGCCAUCUCGAAGAAUAAUUAUGGCUGCGAGCACUACAAACGAAAGUCUAAGUUUGUGACUCCAUGCUGUAACAAAGUGUACACCUGUCGGUUUUGUCAUGAUGAGCAGGAGACGCACACAGUGAAUAGGAAAGAAGUCACAGAAUUGAUAUGUGUCCUCUGCGAUACUCGUCAACCUGUUCAAGCUACUUGUCAGAAUUGCCAUUGCCAAUUUGGCAAAUAUACAUGCCUGGAAUGCAACCUCUUUGAUGAUGAAGAUAAAAAUCAAUACCAUUGCGAUGGAUGUGGAAUUUGUAGAGUCGGUGGUCGUGACAAAUUCUUUCACUGCGCCAAGUGCAAUAUGUGCUUGCCAAUUCAAUUACAAAAUGGGCAUACGUGCAUAGAGAAUGUCUCACAUUCCAAUUGUCCCGUGUGUCUGGAAGACAUUCACACGAGUCGCAUACCAUGUCACAUUCCCGAUUGCGGACACUUGCUUCACCGUAUGUGUUUCGAGGAACUGUUGAACUCGGGACAUUACGCUUGCCCGUCCUGCCAGGUAUCGCUCUUGGACAUGACGGACUUGUGGAAGUAUCUGGAUGCGGAAGUGUCGUUGACGCCAAUGCCGGAGGAGUAUAACGACUGUAAAACCGAUAUCUUAUGUAAAGACUGCCAUGAGGAAUCUACGGUAAAGUUUCACAUCGUCGGAUUGAAGUGCUUAAACUGUGGUAGCUAUAAUACCUGCAGGAUAAAAGGCUCUCCUUGCUCGGAUCCCGAUGCUCUGAACGAAGCAGCUGGUAUUACAGAAGAGAAAGAGGGAUCGUAAAGCCAAAGUUUGGACUGUUCGAUAUUGUUUAUCGAGCGGAAAGAAUAUACCAUAGUAGAUAAUAGGAGAGUAUUUGUAUUUUAGAAUUUUAUCUUUAUUUCAUUUUUUUGUAGCAAAUUGCACUUUUGUUGUCUUUAGUACUUUUCAAUUGUUCGAAAUACAUAAACAUGAAGUAUCUGUUAAAUAACUAUUGCUGUUAUUAAAACGAAUAUGUUGUUUUCAAUGGUUAAUCUAUGGACACAGAUUGAGUAGAUCGUUAACAUGUAGCGUAUUAGCAAAAAUAUUUCUAUAAAUCUAUAUUUAUUAAUUUAUAAUGGAAGCAAUAGUUGAAGUUAAAUCAAUGUGAAAAUAUUUUAUAGAUCCGCGUAUUUUCUUUACGCAUAUCAUAUUUAUGAAGAUAUCGUUUUUCGAUGUUUUUACUUUGUGCAGGAUAUUCCAGGCUUAUCGCGCAAUCUCUAAAAAUAUAUUUAGAUUAUAUUUAAAUAGAGUUUUUCUCAAGAAAAAUACAUUGAUAUAUUUUACUUUGUUCUUUUAUUUUUAUACUAUCAAUUUUCAACGAUAAGUGUAAUAAUUAAAGCGUUCACGUUUCCUUUUGCAGCUUAAAAAUUGUAGUUACAACAAUUUUAAUAAAAAAGAUUGAAAUUCCAAAAAUCAUAAGAAAAUCUAUAUAGAUCUAUAUAGAUAAAAAUUCUGCGCGAUAAAUCUUUGAAUAUUUUGUAUUUCUGUGAAUUUCCCUACAGAGCUAGAUUUAUUUUUAAACUGGCAAUUGCAUUAAUCGCUGAUUACUAAUUAUGCCUAAGAAAAUAAUUAGCAAUGGUAAAAUGGUACGUGCGUGUGCGUAUGUGUGUGUUUUAGAAAAGAUGAAAAUAAUACGAGAUGUCUCAUGUCAAAAUUUUUCAUAUACUAGGCAAUGUAGUACGGUGUCACCCUGUUUUGAGUAAAAUUCUAUCUAUGCUGCACAUAUAUGCUUUUAUAAUCACGUAAAUGCCGAAAAAAUUAUAUUAUUGGCAAUGAAAAAUAUAUGCGUAGCAUCUAUAUUGACAUACAUGCAUAAACUGGUGGCCUAAUGAAUCGUAUAUUAAAUUACAUUCCACAUGAAUCAACCAACAGCGAAACAAAGGUUGAAUCUGCUAAAUUUUCGUAAAUCCCUUAUCAGCUUCCAGCUUUAUUCAUGAAUACAUUCUUUUGUUUAAAAAAAGAUCUCAUUUAGUCAUAAUCUAGUCGCGGAAGAUCGAGCGCGUAUUACCGCUCACUCACGAAUUUUUCUCGUAAAUACGAAUGUUUUAUACGAAACGCAGAUGAAUUUACACGGGUGGCACACAGUAAUACAAUAAUGAAAUAUAUCAAUAUAGUGAAUAAUUAGGGGAAAAUACUUUUCGUUGAAUAAUGCUAAGAUGUUACCUAUGUACCAGUGCAUUUUAAUGAGCAUAUAUUGAAUUCGCAUUUCUCCCGAAGGAGAAUGCAUUCUCUUCUAUGUAAAAGCUAAUAUAUUCACCUAUUGAUACACAAGUCUACAUAAUAUUUUAGUGUAAUUGUACACACAAGAUAUAUCUAGAUGAAAUAUUCGGAUAGCCACGGCAUUAAUCACGAAUUGCUAUCUUAUCACGAUAAAGAAUAAUUUCUAAUUACCGUGAAUAGUCUUUAUGUAUAUUUACUUUACGAUAAACGGUCUAACAUUUAAUAAACAUAGUACCUUUAUUUAAAGUGCAAA